CACAGGUUGAAAAAUUGCUAUUGUGAUUGUGAUAAAUGGUGAUUAGAGAUAAUUAUAUUAUUAUUAUAGUGCUGCUACAAUUAUUAAAGAUCGAGAUUGCCUAAUAAUGCCUGGAGACAAACGACUAGAUCCCAUAAUCAACAAAUCGUCGACAGCCUAUUACAAUUAUGGAUUCGAUGAUAAAACAGACUUAGAGAAAGAUAUAUCAAAAAGUACAUUAAAAGCCCUAGAACAGCAGGAAGAGAAAUUGAAAAAAGAAAAAUGGUAUAGUAUCCUUACUCAAGUUAGCGUCCCUUUUUUUAUAGCUGGAAUUGGAACUAUUGGCGCUGGAACUGUUUUAGCAACUGUAACGAAAUAUGAAGUAUUUAAUGACAUUCGAGCCUUAUACGUACUAGUACCUGCUUUGUUGGGUCUCAAAGGGAAUCUAGAUAUGUGUCUUUCAUCAAGGCUUUCAACUCAGGCAAACUUAGGAAAUAUGAAUGACAGGAAAGAAGUAAUCAAAAUGAUUAUUGGCAAUAUCGUCUUAGUACAGAUUCAAGCUAUAGUAGCAUCUUGUAUCGUAUCAGUAUUUGCAACAGCAGCAUCUGCGGGAAUAAAUGGUAACUUCGAAUGGGUCCAUACGCUAUUACUUGCGACAGCAAGUAUGUUAACUGCAACUUUAUCUUGUUUUAUAUUAGAUUUAUUACUUGUUUCUGUGAUAUUUCUCUCGCAUAAAAUGAAACUUAACCCCGAUAAUUUAGCUACCCCAUUAGCAGCUAGCGUCGGUGAUCUUGUAUCGUUGAUAGUAUUAUCUUCAUGGGCAAGACUGUUAUACUCUAUCCAUGACGAAUAUCCUUGGCUUAUGGGAAUAGUCCUUGGAGUGUAUAUACUCAUUUUACUGCCAUUAUGGAUAUAUAUCGUUAAAAAGAAUAAAUACACCUGCAAUAUACUGACAGAAGGAUGGACCCCAGUCAUAACAGCUUUAAUGAUAAGUGGAACCGGUGGUUUAAUCCUGGAUAUGGGGGUAGACGAAUUUAAUGGCUAUACCAUUUUUCAGCCUAUAAUAAAUGGUAUAGGUGGCAAUUUGGUAUCAGUUCAAGUCAGUAGAACAUCUACUAUGUUACAUAAAACGUCUAUCUUUGGUCAAAUUCCUUCCAUUACGAGGCAAUGGGUGUCCCCAUGUACAGCUUUAAUAAGAGGAGUAUAUCCAGCGAAAACGGCUCGUCUUCUCAUACUCCUAUCUCUACCUGGACAUGCAAUCUUCGUUUUUGCAGCAGACUUCGUCUAUAAUGGUGUUUCGACAGUAACACCAAUAUUUGUACUUAUGUACCUCCUAGUAGGAUUUAUCCAACUCGUUAUUUUACUCUAUGGGUGUCACCUUCUGGUGCACACGAUGUGGAGGUACAAGAACGAUCCUGACAACUCUGCCAUUCCAUAUUUGACAGCCAUUGGAGACUUGAGCGGUUCCGGGCUGCUAUUGUUAGGUUUCAUGCUUCUACGAAGCAUCAAUUGGGAAUACAAACCUGUGAAAUGAGAUUAUAGCAAAAAGUUACUGAUUAUUUGUCCUUUGUAGAGUUGCUUAUAGUAUAAAGGCUAACUUUUUAUGAAUUAGGUACUAAAAGAGCUCCUAACAGUUAUUCCUUACUUUAAAUUGUUUAUGUGUUAAACGGAUGAAUCAAACUUUUUAUUUGUUUACGAAUAUUUAUUUAAAAAGUAAAUAAAUAAAUAAUUUAAUUACACGGAGCGAGAUUGAGUAAACAACAGGGCCAACGUGCUUUUGGCUUCCAUAUACAAAGCUUUUAGAACUGUUGGUCUUGUUCCACUCUAAUAAUAUUAAUAAUAUUACUUUCCUUAUAAUUUAGUCACUUACGAGUAAAUCUUUGAGGCUUUGAGAGAGAAAACGUUUGGCAGUAUAAUAUGCUUCUGUGAAUAAUUCUAUCUAUUUACAAAUAAUCAACCAGAAUUAACAAUUCUUUGUCCUAUGAAGCUGAAGCCAAAAUUUUGAACACAUAACUUUUGGUCGUGGAGAACUUGAAUUUCUCCACUCUUUGUAUUGCUCUUUAGUUUCUCUAUCAGAGUGAUGGACACACGUUUCAUUCAUAUUAUCAAGCCAUUCCAAAUUUGUUUAGGAAUUAUCUUCAAAACGAUGUGAAAAACACGUUCAUAAUAAAUAUACAAUGCUUCUGCUACACGUCAGAGUCUAAUUCGUCAAUCUUUUAAAAUCAUAUCAGGGGCUGAAAUUGUUCUUUCACAUCGAUGCUUAUCUUUAAAUUCUGAACUUCCUUUCUUAAAUUCUACAACCCCUGUUUUUAAUGGUGACGUAAGACGUAAUACAGGACAUUGAUUGCCUAAAGUUUAUGUCAUAUCACCAUAAAUGUCUUUACCAAAUAACCCUUUCAAAAUGAAUACUUAAUGAAAGACCAAAAUGAAAUUUUUUCAAAAUGUAGCCUUUUCUAAAAAAACUCACAAUUCUAUCAGCGUUUAACUUAUCGCUAACACCGGCCGAUAUAAGAGAAGCACCUCUUGGCGACGUUGUCAACUACAUUAAAUCUGUAGGCUGGCUCACGAGCUAGGAGGUGACUAUCUUCUCAGAAGGAUGCACAAUGGGCCUAAUGAAGCCUAAGUGCCGUGAGGUAACCCACCCACCCUCCACACGUUACAGAUACAGAGAACUUAUAGACUAAGAUCAGACCCGACCGUGUUAUAACUGCGCUGAUCUAUUUUUUAAUAGAUAUUUAUUGAUAGGGAAAUAUGCACCUGCCAUGUUGCCUAUCAUGAUAUGGCCUUAAGUACUUUUGAUUAAAAUUUUAUUAAUUUUUUGAACAAUUUCGUUUACUCUCUUUGAAGAAAAAAAUUAAUUAAAAUUUUACUUACAGUUUGAGUUUUGCAAAAAUAUUGUAAAUGAUAACCGUAAUCGUUAGUAGAUUCCACUGUUAAUUCAAUGUUUUGGUACAUAAUCUUUUUUGC